GCUACUUGUUCUAUCUGUGGCCAUGUUGCAUCAACGGGCUUGCCGUGAAGUUAUCGCAAAAAUAUGGUUUAUACGGUUUCAAACAUCACUGAGGUCGAAUUCGCAACAGGUUUGCGUCCGGCUUCUCCCCAGCCCUCGCUGUUUCUUCGACGAACCGGUGCACGUGAAGGUAGAUGGACUUUCUCCCCACCAGAAAGUAGAGUUGAGGUCCAAACUCAAGGACGAUAAAGGGGUCAUCUUCAGAGCUUCCGCUCUGGUCGCUGCAGAUGCUAGCGGACAGGUGGACCUGUGUCGCUCUCCCUCUCUGGGCGGCAGCUACACGGGAGUUGAAUCCAUGGGCUUGUUUUGGGCCAUGGCGGCCGAGACUCCACACAGCAAACUGUUAAAAAAAAAUGUUUUGGCUUCAAUGAUGGUUGACAUAGAAGUGCUGCAUGGGGACACAGGUGAGCUCUUGGCCACAGAGACCAACGAGAGGCGGUUCAUGACGGAAGGGGUAAGGAGAAUACCGUUGGGCAUGAAAGAAGGGAGAAUUCGGGGAGUCCUCUUUCUACCACCCGGGCAGGGUCCAUUCCCCGGUGUACUGGAUGUGUAUACUCUGGGUGGAGGUAUAUCAGAGGUCCGGGCCAGUCUGCUGGCUAACAAAGGCAUUGUGGUUCUGGCUCUGGCCUACUAUGGCUUCCAGGACAUGCCCAGAACCGUGCCCAAAUACUUUGACCUGGAGUACUUUGAAGAGGCAAUCACUUUCCUGAGGCGACAGCCACAGGUACAGGGUCCAGGAAUAGGAAUCCUGUCCAUCUCGAAGAGUGGGGAUCUGGCUCUGUCCAUGGCCUCUUUUCUCUCUGGCAUCUCAGCCACAGCCUGCAUCAACGGCAGCAACGCUAAUACGGUGGUGCCACUGCACUACAAAGACCUCAUCAUCCCUUCCAUCACGCCUAUCGUUGAGAACGUCACCUUCUCACCGUCCGGCAUCCUUGACAUCCGAGACGCCUUACCGGACCCAGAGACCGAGGGGAACCGCGGUUCCGUGAUCCCAAUAGAACGUUCCAGUUCUAGGUUCCUCUUCGCCGCCUCUGAGGACGACAGGAACUGGAACAGCUGUCUCUUCGCCCAACAGGCCGCCGCCCGGCUGAGGCAUCAUGGGAAAGAGAACUUUGAGGUGGUGAUGUACCCCAGGGCGGGGCAUUUUCUGGAAGUACCCUACAUGCCCCACUGCCCGUCAGGCUUCCACACCGCGGUUGGUCAAGUAGUGGUGUUUGGGGGAGAGGCUAAAGCCCACCAUCAGGCUCAGCUGGACCUGUGGAGGAGGGUCCAGGAGUUCUUCAGGAAACACCUGGAUGGGAACAACACUGCCCAAAAAGCUAUGUUAUAUACUAGUGGGUAAGACAAGGGUUUCCGUCAGGAACAUUUGGCACGGGACAACAUAACCGGGAAGAUUUUAAUUUACCAGACAUUUGAGAAAUUUACCGGACAUCCAUAUGCAUUCAGAUCCGACUAAAAAGAGAGAGGGAAAGAAACUGCCAACCUGGCGAGGCCAGUGCCAUCGAUAAACAAGGGAUAGCCUAUUGGCCAAAUGAGCCACAUUUUAGUUGUCCUUAACAGCCUAUAACAAAUUACAAAAACACUUACUUCAGUGUUUUAGAUGUGUAGCAUAAGCAAACAUGUAUGGCCUAUUGUUUUAUUGAUUUUGACUUUCCUAAAACAAUUGUCCACCUCACGGUUCAGCUGUCGGAGAUUUGAGCACUAAAUGCAUCAGGGCAUUGCAUGCCUAUGCCUAUAGGCUUAGACGUCCACCAUAUGAUAUUCAUAUUUAAAAAAGACAUGUAAAAUAAGAGAAACGUAUUCGUUGCCCCAGAGACGGAGAGAGGAGAUAUGCCAGUGGCAUGCUACGACACCUCCAUGCACUUGUCAGAUGGUUACAUUCAUUUUCAAUGAUAAUAUUUUUUAUAAAGAUACUCCUAUAAACAAUAUAAUGAUUAACUCUGGUAGGCCUAAAAUGUUCUUCCUCACAUUAACUUCAACUGUCGGAGUCGGUUGGAGCGUUGGUGCGCACUGCUUUCAUAGUCCUGCAGCAGUCAAAGUUUAAUAGCCACACCAAACUUUCACAAAAGGGAAAUAUCAAAAGUCAAGUCAUUGUUUGUAGAGAAAAUAUGAGCAGGCUAUUAUAUUGCGGUAAACACACCAUUAUACAUUAUAUCAUUUGGCCAUUAAAAACAUUUAAUAAAACAUUUAACAGAAUUUAAACACACUUGUGAAGCAAUUACCAACACGCUGGUGCCUACCGUAUCCAACAAAUGACAGCAAUAGUAUAAUAAUAUUUUAUUUUACAACAGGCCCACUUUUUAACCUAUUUUAAACUAAAUACGAAGCACACACAGAUCAGACUUAAAACAAAAAUGUCUCAACAGAAUUAUACAAACACGUUUUACAUAUUUCAAGAACUGGUUUAGAUUAAUAAAUAGACCUACACUAAUAGCCAUAUACAAUAAUAGGGUAAUGAUAAAACAAAUUAUUAUAAAUGCAAGUUCCAAAAUAGCGAGUUGCACAGGAGCCUGCAUUUGGACGUGCCAACGUUCUUCUAAUCUUUGUCUACUACAGUAUUAAAACUUGGUCACAGAGGAAAUUCCCCUUGUAGGCUUUUCACUGUAGACAUACUUUUUCCCCCUCUAACUUUCAUUUUACUUAAUAACCGAAGAAGGAUAGAAAACAAUUGGUUAAUCGCUCAGCACUAUUGAGCAUGGCCGGACUUCCGCAUUUGGGGCCCAGGGGCACAACAUUUUGCCAUGGUGCUGAGAGUAAAAUGUGCAGUUCUUUAUAAUGCUAUUCUACACAUUUUGUUAGGAGGCUAAAGGAAAAUGUUGCAGUUUUAAUGCUAAUUUCCUGCAAUUCUACACAAAUUGCUAUCAUAUAUGCUAUGCCCGUUCAAUAAUCUGUCCCUGCUAGUGACUAACAAAAUCAAUGUGGUAUUCAGCCAUGAUUACUACUAGUUUACAUAGCUGGCAAGACUAACUUAAA